AUGAUGGCAUCGACUGCGGCUUGCCCCCGAUGCGCUACCGCGUUGAAGCCGCUCAAGAUCAACUUCACGGAGGUAAUGCUCAAGUGUAACACUUGCUUCUUCCCACUAGAUUCGGAAGAUGUGAGCCGCUACAUUCUUGCACCCGAUGAUCCCCGGCUAGUGACGCUCACUCCGCGGAAGCGAAGUCGAGAAGCAACAACGCCACUUCCCGCAGGCACUCCCACCCCUGCGCGUCAGAAGAAGCGGCGAACAGCAUCAACACGUCGACGUGCAAGCACAGAGACGCCCCAGGCACUUCCCCUCGCGCCUCAGUUGCCACCCCAGCCUCGACCAGCGUCCAUCGCAGACAGCAUCGACAUCGACAACCUCCUCAGCGAGCUCCUCGACUUCGAUGACUCGUCGCUGUCGCCACAGUACCAGAUGAGCUUCUCCCCUGGCCAGGACGCUUCCGCCACCGUGCCGCCGUUGGGAUCUGGGAAUGCAGACGCCACCGCGAUCACCUACAGCGAAGACGCCCUGCGCGAGUUCCUUUUCUGCGACGCCGGAGGAGCCAAUGAUAACAACAGCAACGCCUUCAAUCUGGACGCUCUCCUCGCCGAUGAGUUGGCCGCGGUCAACUCGCCGCCCAGCGAUGCCGACGGCCGGCCAGGGAGCCCCGCUCGCGCCGGCGGGAGUGCGAACAGCUGCGACGAAGCUUCAUCGCGAAGGCCGACGUCGGCCACAACUGCGGCCGCGUCGUGUUCAUCGGCCGACCUCGAAGGCAGCACCACUUGGACUUCUGCUGCCGCGAGCCUCGAGUCUGGACGAGACGCCGCCGAACAACAACAACAACAACAACAACAGUGUCUCGCAGAGGCAUUGGUGAUGGGCUGCUCGGAGAGAAGAGGAGGUGAGGAAGCGUUCCUCUCCUCCUCGUCGCUUGUGAGAUUCUAG